GGUGGGUGGUGCUUCUGUGGCAGCGACUCUGUUCAAUAUGGAGUACAGAAAAUAGCCACAUUCAGCUGGAGUUUAACUGUUCUCAUUCACAUUUGUGCCACUUGGGCACAAAUUAUAAUCGCAGGCUCGUAGAGGACACGUGACUGGACUCGCUAACGUAUGUUUGACAUAUUUAUAAAUGUACUUUGAAUAAACUGAUAAAUACUUGAGCACAACUGCGCUGUAAGAAGUAAAAGUGUGCUAAGACUUGGAAAUAAAAUAAUACGGAUUUUCCUGAAAACGCUUCAUUGGGGACUUUCUCGACGCUCCCAACAAACGGAAGGACGAUUUGAAAUACCGCUGGUUUUCUAAAUAAUAAGGCGGGCCGACCUGCGAGGUUAUCGGGUGAAAGGUGACAGUGCUUCUGUCUAAUUGACCUGUAGAAUGCACAAUGCAGCGAGUGUUUCAGCCUCUCUGGGGUCCAUGGGACUGUGUCGUCUCUUCGGGGUGUCCUGGCCCUGGAGUCUGGCAGCAGGUCUUGGGGUAUAUCUUGGCACAAGCAGCUGGAAAUACUUCUACAUUGCAGCACGCACGGCCAAGAGAGACCUCAAUGGCUUGUAUGUGCUCAUGAGAGUGAAGCUGGCCUUAUGGCGCUACAUGCACCAUGGAAGCAAUAUUCCUUCCAUUUUCGCCCAGACAGUGAAACUCCACCCAAAUAAACCAGCUCUCAUCUAUGAGGCCACAGGAGAAAUGUGGACCUUCACCCAGCUGGAUGAGAUAUCAAAUGGAGUCGCCCAUUGGGCGAGAGGUCAAGGAUGGGUCUCCGGAGAUGUUGUGGCCCUUUUCAUGGAAAGUAGGCCAUUGCAUGUGGCACUUUGGCUGGGUUUGGCCAAAGUUGGAGUGGAAGCUGCACUCAUCAACUUUAGUCUCCGCUGUGAUCCUCUUCUGCACUGUAUCGGGGUAUCAGAGUCACGGGCGAUUGUGUUCGGAGCUGAGCUGGCGGAUGCUAUGUUGGACAUCAGUUCCACCAUGAGCCAGUCCAUGGUACGAUUUUGUACAGGAGACCUCAGUGCAGAACAGUUAGCCUGUCUUGCUGCUCAACCUCUGGACCCUAUUUUAGCUGCUGCACCUAAACAUCCCCCUUCGCCUUGUGUUCCCCCUAAAGGAAUGAAUGACCGCCUAUUUUAUAUUUACACCUCGGGGACCACGGGAUUGCCUAAGGCUGCCAUUGUGGUUCACAGUCGCUAUUACAGAAUUGCUGCUUUUGGGUAUUUUGCCUUUCGCAUGCGCUCUGAUGACAUUGUCUAUGACUGCCUGCCUCUCUAUCACUCAGCAGGAAACAUUAUUGGAGUUGGCCAGUGUCUGAUCCACGGCCUCACUGUUGUAGUGAAGAAAAAAUUCUCUGCCAGCCGCUUCUGGGAAGAUUGUAUGAAGUACAACUGCACUGUGGUGCAGUAUAUUGGGGAAAUCUGCCGCUACCUCUUGUCUCAGCCCGUGCGGCCUGCUGAGAAGCAACACAAAGUACGGCUUGCUGUGGGAAAUGGAUUGCGCCCCAGUGUUUGGGAAGCCUUCAUGGAGCGUUUUGGGGUGGCGCAGAUUGGCGAGUUCUAUGGGGCCACCGAGUGCAACUGCAGCAUUGCUAACAUGGAUGGCAAGGUGGGAGCCUGUGGAUUCAACAGCCGUAUUCUUCCCAAUGUGUACCCCAUCCGUCUGGUGAGGGUUGAUGAAGACACUAUGGAACUUGUUCGGGACAGCCGUGGGUUCUGUGUGCCUUGCCGCCCUGGGGAACCAGGCCUUCUGGUAGGCCGCAUCAACCAACAAGACCCAUUAAGGCGUUUUGAUGGCUAUGCUAACCAGGAUGCUACAAAGAAGAAGAUCGCUCACAAUGUCUUCAAGAAAAAUGAUUCUGCUUAUUUAUCAGGUGACGUGUUAGUGAUGGAUGAGCUGGGCUACAUGUACUUCCGGGAUCGCAGUGGGGACACCUUCCGCUGGCGAGGGGAAAACGUCUCCACCACUGAGGUUGAGGGUAUACUAAGCAAUCUUCUGGGUCAAACUGAUGUUGCAGUGUAUGGUGUGGCAGUGCCAGGUGUGGAAGGUAAGGCAGGCAUGGCUGCCAUUGCAGAUGCCACGGGGAGUUUUGACUGCAGCAAUUUCUUGCAGAAUAUCCAACGAGUUCUUCCUCCGUAUGCUCGCCCUGUGUUCCUGAGAAUCUCCCCACAUGUAGACACCACUGGUACAUUUAAAAUCCAGAAAACCAGGCUGCAGAGGGAGGGAUUCGACCCACGACUCACGAAUGACAAGAUCUACUUUUUAAACACCAGAGGUGCACGUUACGAGGCCAUGAAUGAGGAGCUAUACAAUGCUAUAGUCGAGGGAAGAAUGUCUUUAUGAUCUGGAGGCUUUAGCAGGGCAGUCAGGGACCCUUACUUAAACAGCUACUUUUCAGAGAAUGAGUAAUAUAUGGAUAAAGGAGUGUGUGCAUCACUUAGCCUUGAUGUACCACAGUUGCAGGGAAGAGAGUGAGCGGGCUUCCGACAUGGAGAGAGUACUGUAACAGAUGAUGUUUUAACACUGUAUAAGUAACAUACCAGAACAUGAUGUGUGGGCAUUUAUUCCCUUUAAUAGCAUCUUUGUCCAUUUUUAAAAUCUGAGCAUCAUCAUCAUAAAGUGGAGUAGAAAUCUUACAUUAAUGUGAGUAGGAAAAAAGGGUAGUCAGGUUAAACUUUGUUACAUGAUAUGUACCUGUUUAUAAACUGUGCUGCAAGAUUAAUUCUGUAUAGGUUUAAACAAUAGUUUAGUGUUAUUGCUGUGUGUAUGAAUGAGGCUAAGAGCCCAGAGUUCAACAUGCAGUGUAUGUGGCUACUAGCUUGAACACUAACCCUUGACAUUUUAUCUUUGACAUUUUUAUUGCAAUGGGAAACUAAUCCCACUUGUCAAAUCUGAACUUCUGAGGACACUUGUUUACAAAUAUGCCAGCAUUGCUGUUUUAUGUGCCUUUUAUGAAACUAAGAUUGGUAUUUAAUGACUUUUUUUUUUAAUAUGAGCUUAACUGUGUGUCGAAAUCACAGAAGUGAUAUUUUCAUCAUACAAUACUAGGUCACAUAUAGUAACUGUUAUUGUGUAAAAAAAUCUCAUUACUGUUGUAAGAUGUAGUUGUAAAGCUUGGGAAGAUAUUCACAAUCAUGGAUCUGUUGGAAAUUUUUUAACUCAAAUGAAAGAUUUUAAUCUGUGUCUGUUUAAAGCAAUUAAAGGUUACUUUAAUAUCCUA